GACCAAAUACGGAAGUAAUCAUGCAGAGUUUGUCUAGAUUGGCAUCAUGACUUAGUGACACACAUUUAUUACAAACUUAUUUUCUUGUGGGUUUUUUCUUCAGGUGUUUAUGAUAUGCCAGGUCAGCUAUGGUGAUUUGUUUCUUAAUCCACACAGUGUGUCCAGUGAGCGCGUUGUCCGCAGCCGAAAGUCGGAUACUGUAUGCGCGCGUGUUCGGACCGGAGACCGGAGCCGAUGACUUCACACCGGAGCAGAGACGACUGAUGCAGAAAGAGAAACUCCACGUGGUAGCGAGGCAGGUGAGGAGUGCUGUGGCUCUGAGUAGGGAGGCCUCAGGCGGUUUGUGUGUGGAGGCAGUGCUGGGCGAGGAGGCUGCAGCUCUGGGUGAAGCUGACAGCGGUGUGUUUUCCCUGGGCAAUGCAGAGCUCUUUCCAGACCGGAGUGUUGUUCUGUGGCUGGGGGUUCAAUCUCUAGCAUUCACUCUGGUCUGCAGAUCACACGAGAACCUCCUGCUUGCAGAGGGAGCGCUUCGAAACAUUGCACGUCACUGCUUGGAGGAGCUACGUCUGCUGGGACCUGGUGCUGAGGUGUUGCUGAAAAGUGAUCGCCUGGAUGCAUUGUUGCACAGACUGCUUCCCCAUGGUCAGCUCUUCUUCCUCAACCACCGUUUUGCCUUCGCCCUGGAUAAAGAGAUAGCGAGCUACGUGAGCAAAUGAAACCAUCUGAGAUGGCUGAUUGACAAGGCCGUAUGAUGCCUUGAUAUCUAGGCCAACGGAGCAAUCACACAAUUCCUGAAAACCCUUUUUUAGCCUCUCUUUCCCCUGACUUAAUAAUGAUGAGUUACCUCUGUCAUCAUGCUGUGCUGAGAAUGAAGGGAGGGUGAGGAUGUCCACUUAUAGUAAGUGUGAGGCCAGUCAUAACUCACAAGUGCUGCGGUUCAAUAUGUUGACUGAUGAAUGUGAGGCUUUUCUGACUUCCUUGUGUCAGCUGCCUUAUAGAGUAGUGAUGGUUGGCAUUUCUCUCACAUCAAGCAUUACAAGAGCCCUGUUAUGUCCAAAAUGCUCUGUAGCUGUGAAGUGUUGUUUACACACUCACAUUGAAAGGACUUAUAACACAUAACAUGUCUUCACAAUAGCAUUUGAAUCACAUGUGGUUAGUGAUAUCUCAAAAAUCUCACUGCAUUUCUGUGGAUGUAAUAAAAAUUAACAUUUUCAGGUGA